AUGGCGAGGUUCAGUGUGGAGGGAGAUGACGAUGGAAAUGGAGAGGGGCCCAGCAACAACAAACCCUUGCCCAACAAAAGACCCCGCUUCUCCUUUCGCGUCGUAGAAACACGGGAGAGGCCCUCCGCCGGAAUAACCUUAUCGACAUCUGCCGAUCCUCAAAUCGCCUGCUCACAUGAUUCAGAACAAGAAUCAGAAGAACAAGAAGAAGAAGACGAAGAAGAAGAAUCAGAAGAACGCGAAGAAGAAGAAGAAGAAGAUUAUGAAGAAUAUACGGUACAACCCACUGAAUCAAAUGUGGAUUCGGCUCGUAAUAGAAAUGGUACCGACUGCGUGGAUGCCCAGUGUGAGAGCGGGCACAUAGCGUGCGCAUCUUGCUGCACUAAGAUGAAGAACAAGUGUGCAAGCUGCAGCUUGCCGAUUGGGUACAAUCGCUGCAGGGCUAUCGAGAGGGUUCUCGACUCGGUCAGACUCUCUUGCUCUAAUAUGGAAUACGGUUGCAGGGAAAAAUUACAGUACAGCAAGAAACUCCAACACGAGAAGACGUGCAAUUAUGCACCCUGCUCGUGCCCCUAUCCUGACUGUAUGUUUUCCGGCUUGACCAGAUCCAUCUACAAUCACUUUUCCCUAAGGCAUGGGGGAUCGCGCAGGCAGUUCGUCUUCAACACGGCAUGCAAGAUUUCUUUGGUGGCCGACCGAAGCAAGCAUGUUUUUCUUCAAGAAAAGACUCACUACACACUUUUCGUGCUUAAUCAUUGCGUUAGGGAUCUUGGGAGUUUGGUGAGUGUGGAUUGCAUUGCACAGGCUUCAUCGGAUACAAAAUUCGUGUAUGAUAUUUGUGCGAGUGAUGGUGAGAGCACGAUCAAGCUGACAAGUGUAGCAGAGAACACAGGGAGGUGGAUUAAGAGGCCUCUGGAGAAAAAGUACGUUUUGGUUCCUAAAGAUUUUAGAAGCUCGUCUGGGAUGCUUGUUUUGGAGUGUACCAUAUGGAGGGCCAGUCAACCAAUUUGA